CCAUCCUCUCACACGACCUACCGCAUGCGCUGGCAAAUUGUUUCACCGCUGCGCAAACGACCUUCUUCCCGCAGACUCCUCCAGCAAAGGUGAAGCCGCAAUUGCUGUCCAAGAUGUUGGCAAUGCGCCCGUCCGGCGACAUGUCUGGCAGCGGUAUCAGCAGUGAGCUCUAUUUUCCCACUCUAGCCUCGAACGCUUGCUAAGUUGGAACUAGACGGCCAACAAAUCGACCAGCUCCUACUGGAACUCGACCGCAACAUGGAAAGCGCCAAGUUGUCGCUCAAAGAAGUGGAGGCCAUUCUCGGCCAGGUUAAAAUCUUUGGUCGCAAUCCCGACACAGCAGGCCCGAUAUUCACGGAGAAGGGCAUCAAAGUCUUGUCAAACUAUGGCCUCGAUUACAACAACGGGAAAAGUACAUCCACCUCUCACGAAGCCUUACGAUGUCUUGCCAACGCCCUCUUGCUCCACGAACCAUCUCGACAAACCUUUGUCGACAUUGGAUAUGCCAGCAAGGCAGCCGAGCGCCUGAAGAUCAAUGACCGCGACGACGAAUUUCUCAUCUCCAGAAUUCUCUUUCUUCUUACGUACAACACCAAGCUCGACUUUGAAGCGCUCAUCACGAAUAAUGGGCUGGCCGAAAGUAUCAACCAGCACAUAUCACGUCACGCAAAGGCAUUCUCAUCCAAGCUAGCGCGGCGAAAAUCAGCAGCCUCUGCUAUGGAAGACCAAUCCCUCGUGGAGACGCUCAAGUUGCUGUUUAAUGUCACUCACUACUACCCCGAUCAAAUUCCGAAGUUCACGCCAUCUGUUGAACCGCUGGCCAGCCUUCUAACAAAUCACCCAUUACCAACGCCACCAUUGCAAUCACCUAUCACUUACAUCCUAAACGCACUGCUCAAUCUUGACCUCGGGGCAGCCAGCAAGAAGACUCCCGUCGGACCCUAUGCCUACUCGAGCCCGCUCUUCCCCUACAAGUGUCCCGAGGAGGUCGUGGAGCGCUUGACCUCCAUACUCAACAAAGCCAUCGUGACCAUGCCCGAACAGGACCUGGAUCAAGCCGCCGCACCCCUCUGCACCCUCAUCCGCCGCUUCUACGAACUCGCCGCUCCACAAAUGAAGGAGUGGAUGCGAUGGAUCAUGCUCCCAAGCGACCGGGACCGAGACAAGCCUCUGGGCGUCGGCGACACAAUGGCAGCACGGCUUUUAAGAUUAUCCUGCUCUCCCACUCUGCCAACUCUACGCGAAAACAUCUCCAUGUUGCUGUUCGAAAUGAGCGACCAGGACGCCAACAAGUUCGUCAAAAACAUCGGCUACGGCUUUGCUUCUGGCUUCCUCAUGAGCCACAACAUCGAAAUCCCCGCCAACGCUACGGAGGCGAGUAGUAUUUCUUCCGACAGCGUCAAUCCGAUUACUGGGCAGAGACUUAGCGCUGAGGAAGCGGAGAAGCCCGAGGAGGCAGAGAUGACGCAGGAGGAGAAGGAGCGAGAGGCAGAGAAGCUUUUCGUUCUGUUCGAGAGAUUGAAGGCGACGGGGGUGGUGGAUGUGAAGAAUCCCGUGCAGCAGGCGGUGGACGAGGGCCGAUUCGAGGAAUUGAGUGACGAUGGUCUGUAGAGUGAGUCUAAAUCGACACGGAAGCCGUGCGGAGGGCGAGAAGUGCUCCGGCCGGCAGUUGCGGCGCAUCUCAUGCCAUUGAGCAUGGGCCACAAUCACAUCUCUCGCAACUCCGCGAUUGAUCCGACCUGUGAUGCUACUAUAUUGUCACAUAUUUCUCUCCAAUUGACGGCAAACAUUCUAUAAUGACGAUACAUGACGUUUGAGAGGA